AUGUCGGUGAACAAUACCGUCGGCAGACAGACGGAUCGUAUCGACAUCGAGAAGCCGUACUGGGAUCAGAACACGAAAGGCAGUAGCUUGGAGCAGCUGGGAAUCACGGAGGCAGACCUAUGGAAGUACAAGUACCUGUACGACAGUGCCUACCACCCUGACACAGGGGAGAAAAUGCUGCUGAUCGGUCGUAUGAGCGCCCAAGUGCCCAUGAACAUGAUGAUCACCGGUUGUAUGUUAACGUUCUACAAGACAACCGCCCAUGUGAUCACCUGGCAAUGGGUCAACCAGUCGUUCAACGCGUUGGUCAAUUACACGAACCGCAGCGGUUCCAGUCCGAUCCCAAUGAACACGAUCCUCCAAAGCUACGCGGUGGCGACCAGCGGCGCCGUGUUGACCGCCCUUGGGUUGAACCGACUUCUGCGUAACGCACCGCCUCUGGUCGGCCGACUGGUCCCGUUGGCGGCUGUGGCCGCUGCGAAUUGCGUGAACAUCCCGUUCAUGAGGAUGUCCGAGCUACAGAAUGGCAUCGAACUGCAAACGGAGGAGGGCCUAAAGGUUGGGAACAGCAAACGCGCAGCCAGGAAAGCGAUCACGGCUGUGACUCUGUCGCGAAUUCUGAUGGCCUCACCGAGCAUGAUAUUGGCGCCCCUGGUCAUGAACUUCAUGGACCGGCGACAGACGUUACGUAACGCUAGAUGGGCCGCGGUACCGAUACAAGUUGCGAUUUGCGGAGUGUGUCUGACGUUCGCGACGCCCCUUUGUUGCGCGCUGUUCGUACAACGGGUGCCGAUCUCGGUGGACGAAUUGGAGCCGGAUGUACGGGAACAAAUAACGUCCAAACAUCCCGAUGUUCGCACGGUGUAUUAUAAUAAAGGUCUCUGAAGGACUCGAAAGACUGAUCGCACUGACAAUAUAUAUCAACGACGAAGAUCACCGUGGCUUUCAGCUCACGGGGAGCAAUGUUACUUACUGUAGAAUCGCGAGCGAUUCGACGAUCUUCGUGUUCCAGGAACACGAUGUUAUCCUCACGGUAUGGUC